AUGGGAACCAAUAUUUCAUAUGGCGGCCCUAACUCGGGUCUUCAAAUCGGAGAGAAUCGUGGCCAUAUUACUGCUCAGUUCGUACAACCGGAGGCGUCAUUGAAUCAAGCGUGCUUGCGGGAUCUGCGAACGACCAGUCCUCAUGAUGACAAGGACCGCAUCGAACAAACCAACGGAGGGUUGCUCAUAGACUCGUAUCGGUGGAUUUUAGACAACGAGCAGUUCAGACAGUGGCAAGACAACCAGAGCAGCCGUCUCCUCUGGAUCAAGGGUGAUCCUGGCAAAGGCAAGACAAUGCUACUGUGCGGGAUUAUCGAUGAAUUGACCCGAGUAAUCGGGGGUAAUUCAAAUAUCUGCUUCUUUUUUUGCCAAGCUACGGACGUACGACUCAAUAAUGCAACGGCCGUCCUACGUGGCUUGAUUUAUUCACUGGUCCAGAAGCAGCCAUCACUUCUCUCCCAUGUACGGAGCCAGUACGACCAAGCGGGAAAGACGCUGUUUGAGGACGUAAACGCAUGGAAUGCGCUCUCAAAAGUCUUCAACAAUAUUAUGAAUGAUCAGACCUUACAGAAUACUUAUUUGGUGAUCGAUGCGUUAGACGAAUGCACAACGGAUCUCCCUCUCCUUCUGGACUUAGUUGUCCAGGAAUCGUCCACCCACUCACACGUAAAGUGGAUUGUCUCGAGCCGCAACUGGCCUGGUAUCCAAGAGCGGCUGGAUACUGCAACUGAGACAGCGCCUAUCUCAUUAGAACUGAAUGAGACAUCCGUAUCUAACGCUGUGCGACAGUUCAUUCGGUAUAAGGUUUACCAAUUGGCAGAAGUCAAAAAGUAUAAAGAUGAAAUCCGUGAUGCUGUUUACCGUCACUUGUCGUUACACUCACAAGGCACUUUCCUCUGGGUCGCCCUGGUUUGUCAAGACCUUAACAGGACAUCCCGGAGGCAUGUCCUUAAAAAGCUAAAGGAGUUCCCUCCUGGACUGGAUGCAUUAUAUGGUCGAAUGAUUGAUCAGGUUCGAACGUCUGAAGAUGCUGAGGCCUGUAAGCGAAUACUGGCUGUUAUGUCAAUUGCGUAUCGGCCUAUCACUCUUGCCGAACUGACUGCCCUAGUUGAAAUACCUGAUGGUCUCUCCGAUGACGAUGAAGCUUUACUGGAAAUUAUCGCAAUUUGUGGCUCGUUCCUUACUUGUCGUGAGGACGUUAUUGUUUUCGUCCAUCAGUCUGCAAAGGAAUUUCUGCUCGAAAAGGCGCGAAUCGAGGUGUUUCCGGAGGGCCACGAAGCCGAACAUCUUGCAAUGUUCUCGCGAUCUCUACAAACGAUGCUUAAGACACUUCGGCAUAAUAUCCUCGAUAUUAAGCUUGUUGGAAUUUCGACCGAGGAAUUCACACAACCACGUUCGAAUCCUCUGGCAGCUGUAAAAUACGCGUGUGUGUAUUGGGUUGACCACCUUUUAGAAGGUUUCUACGACAGAAAUAUCUUCACUGGCUUGAAAGCCUCGGCAUUUUGGGAUGCGUAUCAGAAGGAAUAA